AAAGCCUUAGAGUUAAUGCUUAGUGUGCCAAGUAGAGCUUAUGAUAAUAGAUUUAUUUCAAGCAUUGAGGGUUAUCGAGGUAACAUUUAUAAAUUGGGAAGGCUCUUGCUGCAUGAGUGGUGCACUUUUAUAGAUAAAGACGGCAAGUCGCAUGAUAGAUACUGCUUUUUAUUCAAAUCAAGGCUUUUAGUAACGAAAGUACGCAAAGUCUCCGAUAAAAGAUCGAUAUUCAUUUUGCAAAAUAUUAUUAAACUCCCGCUUUACAAUAUUGAACAUAAAAUCGAUGAGAAGCAACUUUGUCUCUCACCUAAAACUACAGAUGGAUCACCAAAUUUAUUUAUUAAGCCCCAUAACGAGGAAAGCCACUUGAAUUGGUAUAACGAAAUUUGUACAUAUAUUGAUCAGGAAGUAACGCUCCAAGAGCAUCAUGCAGAUGAUUUAAGAAUAGAUUCCACAAAUGUUGCCACUGAAAACGAGUUAAUUCUACGCUUACCAACCAAAGCUGAAGCGCACGAUCCGAGCUCAAGCAUACGUCCUUCCGACGUCGCUGAAAACUAUUUCCUGAGCAAGGAAACCAAAGAGCGACUAAAGCUUGAACAGCAGGAACUGCUGCGAUUCGAGCACGAAGCUAUUGAACUGUAUAGAAGUCAACAGAAUAUAUCAAAUUCAAGACAAGCAAAGCCACAAACAGUUGCAGUUGAAAAGCCCUCUGGUGAACAAAAAUUGGCAAAUCCGAGUAGCUCAAUCAAGAUUGAGCGUGAAAAUAAUCUUUUGAAAUCUCGCUUAAUGGAAGCUGAAAUCUCUGAUGGAGGUGUAACUGUAAAGAAACCAAAUGUAGAUCUGGUUGACAGUAAUGAAGGCAUGGUCCAAACAUUAAGUAACGUAUCUACUAUACAAAGUAAUCGCAAGGAAAGUACAGUUUCUGCAAUUUUAGUUAGUGUCGAUGAAAAUGUAACUUUGAUUAGCACAGGCUCAAUUGACACUAAAGAGAGUCAGAAUGUAGAAAGCGUAGUAUCGGCUAACAGACAACUUACAGAGUUGAAUAGAAACGAACCUUCAAAUGAUAUACGAACUUCCGUGGAUUACCAAACAUUUGACUUGUGUAAAGAGAUUAUAUCAGAUGGUAAGGACCAGCAAGCUUUCAACCUGAUUAAUACGAAAGAUUUGAUACCUCAAAUACAAAUAUCCAAGCCUAUAGAAACCGACACUGAUACCACCUGCUUUCGAACUAAACACAAGCCUAUAAAACUCAAGCAUAUUGUUGGCUAUAAUGAAUCAAUCCAGGAUAGUGAUAACGUACAUGAUAACUCCCAGAAUCGACAGGGAUUUGGUAAUUUUACUAACAUAAAAGACUCAGCAUCGUUAACACGCUGGAAUAAUGCGCUUGCAAAUAACGCGGCCGGCAAUAAUAAUUUCGGAGGGGGCGAUAACUUUCCACAAGGACCGCCUCCACCACCCUUACCACCUCAUUAUACUCGCAUGCCUGGCUUCUUUCAACCGCUUCCGCUAAUUGCAUAUGAGACAACCAUAGAAAUUUUAGUUGUUAAGGCACGCCCACCAUCACCACCUCCCCGCUCGCCACCAACCGUGAAACGCGUUCUGGUCCAUACUGAGAGCCUCGAACAAAAGACCCAAAACUUUUUGGAAGGCAUCUACGACAUGUCAUUAUCUGAUACUUCGCUACGCAAUGCAAAGCAAAAAAUACGCUCUAUUAAAAAUACCGUGCUUAAGUCAACUGAUUCCACUAAUUAUGCUCAGGAUACUGUAAAGAAAGCAAAGGCACGCGAUUUUAUUCACAUAUUCACACCGCCCAUCAAAAAGAAACGACCAAUCUAUGAAAUAAUUGAAGAGCCUGUAAAUAUAUCUGAGCUUGAAGGUGAAUAUACUCAGUCUAUUGCUGACGAUUUCAGAGAGACAAGCGCCGACUUUGAAGUACGAGGCCAAAGCGUUGGCGGUAUGGAUGAAAACUAUUCUAGCUAUUCACUGGCUUCUAGGCGACGUCUUGAAAAAACUACCAGAACCCGGGACUAUGAUAGAGGCACGUCGUAUGACAGUACAGUAGAAAAGCAGCAGUAUGGUAUAAGUUCUAGACGGGAUCGUACAACGCUAGAUCGUAUUGAAGGGCAUACGUCCCUAUUGGCCACUAGCCGAAGCGAAAGCCGUGCCGAAAGCCGAGCGGACAGUCGGGCCGAGAGCCGUAACUCAUAUUCUCGUGCUGAAUCACGCACCGGUAAACGUUCAUCCCUCAGCUAUUUAGAUGAUACUCCGCAACGUUCUAUAGAGAAGCCUGUGGUUGUUAAAAUGCUAAAGAGCGUACAGGUUGAACCUGGGGAGACUGCCCAUUUUGAAAUUCAAUUUAAGGAGCAGCCAGGCUUAGUUACUUGGCUAAAGGAUAACAAGUCACUUGACGAUCGUCUAGCUGAUCGUAUUAUUCAAACAAGUGCUCCGAUGAAUUCAUAUCGCUUGGAUAUUAAGAAUUGCAGUGAAAAUGAUUCUGGGACAUACACAAUUCGUGCGCAAACCGGAUCAGAAAUAACCUCAGUCACAGCUCAACUCGCUGUUGGGCAAGCUACCGGUCAUGAUGAAACCAAAACCAAUGUACCACCAGUCUUUUUGGUUACUCUGAAGGAUGCGGAAAUGAUUGAAAAUACGCUGUUUCGUUUCAUGAUCAAGAUCUUGGGCGAUCCAAAGCCGCGAGUUAAAUUCUUUAAGGAUCAGCAGGAAAUACGUGAAGUCGAUGAUCGCAUUCAAAUUAUACGCGAUAAAGAUUACUUAGGAUUUUAUGAAUUAGUCAUUGCAGAGGUUCAAAAAGAAGAUGCUGGCGUUUACUCUUGCCGUGCUUCUAAUAAAUACGGUGAAGCUUCCUGUGAAGCAACUGCUACAACAGUAGAGUUUAAAAAUCCUUUUGGUGCAUUAAGUGGUCAAAUUUUGCCAGCUGGUGAGAAACCAGUUUUUGCCUGGAAGCGAAAUGGUGAAGAUUUUGAUCCUGAAGAGCGCUUCAAAGUUCUUUUUGGUGAGGAUGAGGACUCGCUUGCUUUGGUUUUUCAGCACGUUAAGCCAGAAGAUGCUGGCAUAUACACUUGCGUUGCACAAACCACAACUGGCAACAUUUCCUGCAGUGCAGAGUUAUCUGUACAGGGGGCUAUACAGACAUUGAACAGAGAGCCCGAAAAACCCACGCUGGUGAUUGAACAUCGUGAAGCAAAUGCUAGCAUAGGAGGAUCGGCUAUUCUCGAGCUGCAGUGCAAAGGUUUUCCCAAACCAGCUGUGCUCUGGAAGCAUGAAGGGGAAAUUGUUCAAGUGGAUGACAGACAUAAGUUCAUGUAUGAGGAUGAGGAGAGCAUGUCCCUUGUAAUUAAAAAUAUCAAUACCGAAGAUGCCGGUCAAUAUACUAUUGAAGCAGUCAAUGAACUGGGCCAAGACGAAAGCUCUAUAUGCCUAAUUGUGAAAGCACCACCAAAAAUAAAGCAAAUACGUGAUGUCAUUUGCACAGCUGGCGAAAACGUCAAGAUUGAAGUAGAAGUAGAAGGCUUUCCACAGCCAACUGUUAGUGUAACUAAUAAUGGCAAAGAUGUGUCGGUCGACAGCAAUGUAAAAAUAUUAUCGCAGCCAAGCGGAAAAAGCACCGAAAAAGUUACCAUAGAAAUCUCCAAUAUUAAGCUCUCGCAAUCUGGCAACUAUGCUAUUAGAGCUUCAAACGAUCUGAGUCAGACCUCAGAGUUUUGGAAUUGCACAGUGAAAUCAAAGCCAGUUAUUGUUAAGCACUUGGAAAGUGAAUAUAUUCACGGUGAAAAGGAGACAGUGCAGAUGACAGUGAGAGUAGAUGCUUAUCCAGAGCCAAAGCUUUCGUGGUAUCAUGAUAGCACUGAAAUUAAGCUAACAGACGCCAAAUUUACCGCUUUGAGCGAUGGCAACAACUAUACUUUAAAGAUCUCUGGAGCUACUCGGGUGGACGCUGGAAAAUAUACCGCGAAGGCAACAAAUGAGCACGGUUCUGCAACUUCUGAAACUCAAUUGCUUAUGAAAUGCACACCAGAGCUGACAAAGAAACUGAAGGAUAUUACAGUAAAGGAAGGCGAUUGCAAUGUUGAGCUUGUUGUGGGCGUGGAUGCUUACCCGGUGCCAAAGGUCAAAUGGUAUAUUGAUGGCAUUGAGAUUGAUGAAUCGCGAAAAGACAUUCGUCAUGUCCAAGAGGGCAAUGAUUUCAAGUUAAUCUUGAAUAAUGUUACCACAACGCUGCAAGGUGUCUACGCUUGCAAAGUAAUGAACGAUUAUGGAGUUGUGGAAGACAAUUGCAGUUUAACUGUAAAUUGCAAGCCCAAAAUACGAAGAGCUCUUAAGGAUAUUGAGGUAAAAGAGGGAAAUUCUUUUACACUGGAAGUCGAAGUCUAUAGCAAUCCAGAAGCAAAUGUCAAAUGGUUUAAAAAUGGUCACGAGAUUCACGAAGAUGCUCGCAUUAAAAUCAAAAGAGAUUCCCAACGCAUUGAGAAUUAUUAUCUCACACUGAAUUUGGCUAGAACAGAGGACGCUGGAACUUAUGAGGUUAAGGCAACGAAUUUCAUUGGAGAGACAACUUCGAGUUGUAAAGUAAUGGUUUUAACAAGUGACAAUAUAUCUAUGGGAGAAACUGUGACAAAAACUUUGGUUGUAACCACCGAGCAACCAGAAGAAGGGGCUGUGCCAGAAAUCGUUCACGUUGACGUUUUUCAAAUACAUAGCUUUGAAAGCUUGCCACUUAAAUAUGAAGUUAUUGCAACGGGUAUACCAAAACCAGAAGCCAUUUGGUAUAAGGAUGAAAAACCGCUUGCAGCUGACAAGCAUUGUUCGAUUUCAGUGGAUGGGGAUCACUAUAAAUUAGAAGUACAAUCAUUGAGUCUCAACGAUGCUGGCGAAUAUAAAGUUGUGGUGAAAAAUAAAGUUGGUGAAAAGAGUCAUCAAGGAGUGUUAUCUUUGUCGGGUGUUGCUGAGUACAGGAAACCACUGCUUAUAUCAGGAUCUAACUUAAAAGAUAUUAAGGUUAAGAAAGGUGACAACAUCUCUGAGGCUGUUAUAUUCACAGCUGAUCCAGCGCCAGAAAUUAUUUGGCUCAAGGAUGGCCAGAAAGAGGAUGGUGAUGCCACGCUUGUUUUGACAACAGAAAUUAAAGAGCUCGAUCAUGGAUUAAAGCAAUAUACAUGCACCUUAAAUAUUAAAGACGCUGAUAUUAAGAACUCGGGUAGAUACGAAUUGAAGGUGAAAAAUAAAUAUGGAGAAAUGGCAACGCAGGGUUGGAUAGAUGUGCUGGCUAAGCCUGAGAUAAGCGGUUUGGAAAAUCUUAAGUGCAUGCCAGGGGAGUCUGUGUGCUUUGAAGCUUUGGUGCGCGCUAAUCCAAAGCCAAAAGUUACCUGGACUCGUGGCAAUGAAAAUCUCUGCAACAAUGAAAAUUGCGAGGUUAUUGCCGAUGUGGACGGUGAUAAAUAUAGAAUUGUAUUCCAGUCCGUAUUGCCGAGCGAAGAUGGAAAAUACACUAUAACGGCGGUUAACUCUGAAGGCAGAUCAGAAAGUGACUUUAAUUUGCAUGUGUUAGUUGAGAAGCCUACGUUCAUAGUGCCACCAGAGAGUCAGACUAUUCACGAUUACAAGCCAGCCACCCUAAAGGCUAUAGUGCAUGGUGUACCUACACCUACUGUUGCAUGGCUUAAGGAUGAUAAGCCCAUUAAUCUGGACACCAUUAGCAGCUCUACACAGAAAAAAGCUUAUAGUGUUCAGUCCAAGGAAAUUGGAUCCGAUCAAAUAGAAAGUCUGUUUGAAAUUGCAGCUUUCAGAACUGAAAAUGCUGGAGCGUAUACCUGUGUGGCCAAAAACGAAGUGGGAGAAACGAAGGCACUCUUCAAAUUAGCGCUACAAUCGCUGGCACCUAACUUUUCGCAAAAACUAGACAGUGCGCUUGAUGUGCUGGAAGGAGAACCCCUUGUGCUGGAAUGUGUCGUGGAUGGCAGUCCAUUGCCCACCAUUCAGUGGUUCAAGGAUAGCGAGGAGGUUAAACCUAGUCAAAGGGUUAAGUUGUCCAACACACCGGAAGGUCUGGUCAAAUUGGAAAUCAACAACUGUGAGCCAAAUGACUCUGGCGCCUAUAAGCUUAUUAUAUCCAACCCACAUGGCGAGAAGGUGGCACUAUGUGCUGUUGCAGUAAAACCUGAGGAGAUGCAGCCCAAAUUCUUAAAACAGAUUGAAAAUCAAUCGGUCAUCGUCGGACAAUCCAUGAAAUUGAGCGCUCAGGUUACUGGUUUCCCAGCGCCUGAGAUUAAGUGGUAUAAGGAUGGCAUGCCUUUGGGUCCAAGCUCUAGCAUUAACUUUAUAAACAAUCCCAAUGGACAAAUAGGUCUUAGCAUUGAUACUGUCGAUGGACUUGAUGCUGGAGUCUACAAGUGCAUUAUUGUUAACAAAGGCGGUGAGGAAGAGGGGUCAGCCAAUGUGGCAGUUGUUGCAAAGGAAGCAAAGCCUACGUUUGUGGCUCAACUGCAGGAUUCAACAAGCAUUGAAGGCUUCCCUGUUAAGAUGGACGUCAAGGUUAUAGGUUAUCCAAAACCGGAACUUCAUUGGUUCCACAAUGGUCAUGAAAUUUCGCCCGACAACAAGCAUUAUGCCAUCGUAGAAAAUCCCGACAAUAGCAUUAGUCUGACUAUAGAAAAAACUACGCCUGCAGACUCUGGUUUAUACGAGGUUGUUGCACAAAAUACGGAGGGAUCUACUGCUUCAAAGGCUAAACUCUACGUAGCGCCCAAGGCUGAUGAAACAGCUGCGGAAGAAGCUCCACAAUUCGUUUCUGGUUUGAGAGAUGUUAAUGCGGAUGAGGGCCAAGAGUUGGUUCUGUCAGCGCCAUUUGUUGCAAAUCCUAUGCCAGAGAUUAUUUGGUCUAAGGAUGGCGAAAUAUUGACGCCCAGUGAACGGGUGUUGAUCACUUGUGAUGGCAAGCAUGUGGGUCUGAGCAUCAAACCCGUCGAAACCGCUGAUUCAGGUAAUUACUCCUGUUUGAUGGCUAAUCCCUUGGGCGAGGACACUUCUGGUUGUAAUGCCAAUGUUCGAAAAGUCUACAAGGCACCAGUUUUUACACAAAAAAUAUCAGAUCAACAACAAGUGCUAGGUAACAAUGCCAAACUUCCUGUCACGGUUUCUGGAGUUCCGUAUCCAGAGCUCACAUGGUUCUUUAGCAACAAACCUAUUAAUAUUGGACAAGCACCUGGCAAAUAUGAACUUAAAAACGAUGGAGACCACCACAUGUUAAUUGUUAACAAUUGUGAAAAAGCCGAUCAGGGUGAAUAUAAAUGCAUUGCCUCAAAUAGAGAAGGUAAAGAUAUUACCCAAGGACGCUUGGAUAUUGUCAACGAAAUUAAGAAGCACCAGCGCUCCGAGCCGCCAGUGUUCCUUAAAAAAAUUGGCGAUUGUGAUGUGUAUGAGGGCAUGACUGCUAAAUUUACCGCAUGUGCUACAGGCUAUCCAGAACCAGAAGUUGAGUGGUUCAAGAAUGAUCAGAAGCUAUUUCCAUCCGAUAGAAUUCUACUCGAUAAGGAGCCAAAUGGUCUUUUACGUUUGACCAUUAAGAACGCAUCAGAGCAUGAUGUGGGACGCUAUUCCUGCAGAGUUUUCAAUCCCUAUGGUGAUGAUAUUUGCAAUGCCGAACUGUUCUAUGAUUCGUUCGAUUCGCGUCAAAAACCUUUGGGUGACCAAUACUCUGACUUUAAGCAAUACAAAAAGUCUGGUGCCCCACCACCAUUACCAGAUGGUCCGAUUAUAUCAAGAAUGACAGACCAUAAUUUGUUACUAUCAUGGAAACCGUCUGUGCCAUUGUCGCCACGCUAUCCAGUCACUUAUCAGGUCGAAAUGAUGGAUCUACCUGAAGGAGAUUGGCGCACUAUACGCACUGGUAUACGCAGUUGUGCUUGCGAAAUCAGAAACUUAGAAGGGCCCAGAGAUUAUAGAUUUAGAGUUCGUGUUGAAAAUAAGUUUGGCGUCAGCGAUCCAAGUCCGUACACACAAACAUUUAGGCAGAAGAUUAUACCAGAACCACCAAGAACAUAUACCUAUCUGCCUCCUGGUACAGACUUUAGACCCGAGACCUCACCAUACUUUCCAAAAGAUUUUGAUAUUGAACGGCCUCCUCAUGAUGGCCUGGCUCAAGCACCACAAUUCCUGCUGCGUGAAAAUGAUUUCUCCUAUGGUGUGAAAGGACACAAUACUGAGUUGAUGUGGUUUGUUUAUGGUUAUCCCAAACCAAAGAUGACAUAUUAUUUUAACGAUAUGGCAAUUGAAUCUGGUGGAAGAUUUGAUCACAGCUAUACACGCAAUGGUCAGGCUACGCUUUUCAUUAACAAUAUGCUUGAUCGGGAUGUAGGCUGGUAUGAGGCCGUGGCUAGCAAUGAACAUGGCGAGGCAAGGCAAAGAGUGCGUCUUGAAAUAGCUGAGCAUCCUAGAUUCCUAAAGCGACCUGAUGAAACUUUCAUUAUGUGUCGAAAGAAUGGACGAAUUGAGGCAAGAAUUAUUGGUAUACCUUUACCAGAAGUACAUUGGUAUAAGGAUUGGAAGCUUAUAACAGACACAUCACGCAUUAAGAUAAGCUCAUAUGAUCCAGACAUUUAUGUACUCUCCAUACAUGACUCUAUAAUCAAAGACGCUGGAUUGUACUCUAUCAGCGCCAGAAAUGUUGCUGGCUCCAUUAGUACCUCUGUGACCGUGCACAUUGAGGAAAAUGAAGAUCUAUAUAUAUUCAAGACAUAUGGCAGACAUCCAUAUGUUCGCGCAAAGCAAUUGCGCUAUGAGGACAAGUAUGAUAUUGGAGAUGAGUUGGGACGCGGCACUCAGGGCAUAACCUAUCAUGCGGUCGAGCGGGCAACCGGUGAUAAUUACGCUGCAAAGAUAAUGCAUGGUAGACCAGAGUUGCGUCCAUUUAUGUUCAAUGAAUUGGAAAUGAUGAACAUGUUCAACCAUAAACAUAUAAUACGGCCAUAUGAUGCCUAUGAGACCGACCGUUGUGUUACGCUUGUUAUGGAAUUGGCUGCGGGUGGUGAGCUAGUUAGGGACAAUUUACUUCGUCGUGACUAUUAUACCGAGCGUGAUAUUGCUAACUAUAUCCGUCAGUCUUUAUGGGGUCUGGAGCACAUGCACGACAUGGGCGUUGGACACAUGGGCUUAACAAUUAAGGACUUGCUAAUUUCAACUGUAGGCAGCGAUUAUAUAAAGGUUUCGGACUUUGGGUUGUCGCGCAAAAUAAAUAAGCAUAAUCUAUCGACCUUGGACUAUGGCAUGCCAGAGUUUGUUUCUCCGGAAGUAGUCAAUAAGGAAGGGGUUAACUUUUCACACGAUAUGUGGUCUAUUGGCCUAAUUACCUAUGUGCUGUUAAGUGGCAGAAAUCCUUUCCUGGGCGCCGACGACAGAGAAACACUAUCAAAUAUACGUGAAGGCCGCUGGGACUUUAGAGAUGAAUUUUGGACGCAUAUUUCCGAAGAUGGCCGUGACUUUAUCAGUCACCUUUUGCUUUAUAGUCCAGAGGAGCGCAUGGAUAUUAAGACUGCACUCAAGCAUCCUUGGUUCUUUAUGCUCGAUCGCAAUAGAAGCGAUAGUGAUUAUCACAUUGGCACAGAUCGUUUGAGAAACUAUUAUGAUCAUUUCCGUGAUUGGUAUGCCAAUGCUUCAUGCAAGAACUACUUCCGGCGCCGUCGUCUAAGUGGCUGCUUCCAACAUCCAUCGAAAAUGGUAUAUCCACCUGGACACUCGUAUACGCCCGAGGCCACACCUGAGCCUCUGCCAGAGCCAAGGAAGCGUUCAAAACGUGAAGAUGUUGUGUCCAAAUUCUUGCAUCCCGACUAUGAGCUGGGCCUUAUACAAUCGGAAAGCCACUAUCAAUAUGGACCUGACACUUACUUGCUGCAAUUAAGAGAUGUAAACUUCCCAGUUAGAUUACGUGAAUAUAUGAAAGUAGCGCAUAGGCGAUCACCAUCAUUUGCCUUAAAUGAUUCAGUUGAUUGGUCGCUCCCAGUUAUACGCGAAAGACGUCGCUUUACUGACAUUAUGGAUGAAGAAAUUGAUGACGAGCGCACUAGGAGUCGCAUUAGCAUGUAUGCUGCUAACGAUUCGCAUUCUAUUAGACGUCUUCGAACCGAAUUGGGACCGCGCUUAGAUGAAUAUACAGAGGCUGAUGCUAUGAUUGAAAGCCAACGCGAAGGUUAUCCACCAUUCUUCAGGGAGAAACCACAAACUAUUGCCAUAACCGAAAACAAGCCAGCGCAUAUACACUGCUUCGCCGUUGGCGAUCCCAAGCCAUGUGUGCAAUGGUUCAAAAAUGAUAUGGUGCUGUCCGAAAGCAAGAGAAUUAAAAUAACCUAUGACGAAGAUGGACGCUCAAUUCUGCGAUUUGAGCCCGCUGUGCAUUAUGAUGUGGGUGUCUAUAAGGCAGUGGCCAGAAAUAAGGUUGGUCAAACAGUAGCCAGAUGCCGUAUAGUUGUUGCCACGUUGCCCGAUGCACCAGAUUCACCAGAAGUUUCAGCCAAUAGCGCCAGUGAAAUAUUACUGAGAUGGAAGCAGCCGCGUGACGAUGGACAUUCGCCCGUAUUGUGCUAUAGUCUGCAGUUUAAGAAACACGAUUGUGAUGCUUGGACCACAGUUGCUGAUAAUAUAGAUCAUGAGUUUUAUCUGCUGCACGAGCUUACACCGAAUACCAAGUAUCAUGUACGCCUGGCAUCAAAGAACCGAAUUGGCUGGAGUGACAUGGGAAUACUUGUUAAUGCGGCUACCUCAUCUCCAGACUCGCCUAAGGUGCACAUAACCAAAGCCAUGAAACAUCUGCAGCAGCUGACAGAAAAGGGUCAGGAAGUCAUACCGGAGGAAGAACGUGUCCAUACAGACUAUCAUUGCGAGCGAGAGCCGCCCAACUGGGUCACCGAUUCAUCCGUUAGCGACAAGUAUAGCUUUAUAUCCGAAAUAGCUCGAGGAGAGUUCAGCACCAUUGUGAAGGGCAUACAAAAAUCCACAGACACUGUUAUUGUUGCGAAAAUCUUUGAGGUAACUGAUGAGAUCGAAGAAUCAAUUGUUGGCGAGUUCGAUAACUUCAAGACCUUGCGUCAUGAGCGUAUACCAGCGCUUUUUGCAGCGUAUAAGCCACUUAAUGUGCCCAUUGCCAUUUUUGUUAUGGAAAAACUUCAAGGCGCUGAUGUGUUGACUUACUUUAGCAGUCGUCACGAAUACUCCGAGCAGAUGGUGGCUUGUGUAAUAACUCAACUCUUAGAUGCAUUGCAAUACCUGCACUGGCGUGGCUAUUGCCAUCUCAACAUACAGCCCGAUAAUGUUAUAAUGGCUUCAGUUCGUUCUAUACAAGUGAAACUGGUUGACUUUGGUGCUGCCAAGAAGGUUAAUAAGCUGGGUGUUAAAGUUACACCAUGUGGAUUGCUGGACUUCCAGCCACCUGAAAUGAUUAACGAAGAGCCAAUCGUGCCGCAAAGUGACAUUUGGUCACUGGGCGUGCUUACUUAUCUACUCUUAUCUGGCUGUAGUCCCUUCCGCGGCUCAGAUGAACAUGAAACCAAGCAAAACGUUUCAUUUGUCCGCUAUCGCUUUGAGAAUCUUUUCAAGGAAGUAACACCAGAAGCAACAAGAUUUAUUAUGUUGCUUUUCAAGCGUCAUCCAACCAAGCGUCCAUACACAGAAGAUUGCCUGGAACAUAGAUGGCUCAUGUCUUCAGACUAUAUGGUCAGAAAGAGGGAGCGUGCCGUAUUUUUGGGCAGUCGUUUGAAGAACUUCAAUGAUGAGUAUCGCGAAUACAAGAGUAAAAAGGCUACAUCGUCUAAGGCUGUAUAUUCGGUUGACGGUGGACCAACACCUUCUCAAUUGCUUCGAUCGAAUAGCAUUCAAGAGGAAUUGCUUACAACUUUUUAGUGUAUCCUAAUAUAUCACAAAAGAUAAUUCAGAUAAUUUCGGAUUGUCUUUGUAUUUUGGACUAUAUACGCAUGUUACGGAUUGGGACUUAACUCAAUAAAUUAAUUUGUAAUGUUACCCAUUAAAAAA